AGUUUUUACGCAUUGUUGGCAAGUUUUGAAAGAUGUUACCAGGACAUUCAACUGAAACUUUUGAUUGACUUCAAGUGUCAUCUUUGCAGAUCUAGGAUCAAGAGCCCUACUAACUUGCCAUGUGGCCAUUAUGCAUGUGAAGGAUGUAUUGCCACCAUUCUGAAUUUGCAAGAUGAAAGGCAAAAAUGUGCAAUUUGCAUUCAGGAUAUUCCUGCAGAUUUUGUUCCUACUGCUACACCCUUGAAUAAACAGCAAUCUGUUAUUUUGCAGGAACUUAAACUGAAUUGUACAAAUUUUUUCUUGAAAUACUUGAAAGAGUUUUGCUUCAAGAAACAGAGGGACUUUUCAGAUGAAAUGAGUCGGAUGAAACAGCAUAUUGAAUUGAUUUUAGAAAAGUUCGUUCUCCAUAGUAGAAGAGAAGAAAAUGAAGAAAUUGAUUCCACUGCAUUGGAUAUCAAUAUUAAUACCAGAAGUUCAAUUUUGCAAAUUUUACUCAGUUUUGAUCCUACUUUAGUUACUGAUAAAAUAAAUCAGGAUAUGGCAAAACUGAAUACAGCAGAUAUUCAGUCAUUCGUUAUAGUUGGGCUUAAACAUUUUGAAGAGAAUGCAAUAAGAAAUUAUAUGAGAAAGUAUGACAAGACUGUCAAAUACUGGGAGGAAAUAUUAGCUAAAGCAAAGCAAUAUUUUCAAACAGAUAACUUUGCAGAUAUUCAAACUUUGGCCUUGAUAAAAAGAAUUGCUGAUAUAAGAUCUGCUGUCUUUUAUUUUGUUCUCUAUGUCAAUGAUAUUUUGCGAGAGACUGGGAGCACAAUGGAUUCCAAUGAUACAUUGAUUGAAACUGGUCUGAGUCUUAUGACAAGUUCCUAUACUCCAAAGUCAGUAAAAGAUUUCUUCAUAAAAAUGGGAUGCCACAAGUUCGGAACACAGUGGCUUGCUAAAUUAGGAAAUCAUGCAAAAUAUAAGGUUCUAAUUCCGCCCUCACUCCAACAAGUUGCUGAAACUUCGGUUGUUGAUUACUGGUAUUUGUUAGGAGAUGAUUUCAAGGAUAUCAAGUCUCAAAUAUUCCAGACACCUAUUGAAGAUUUUGAACGCUUUGUUGAAGACUUGCUGAGUGACCAUACCAACAGUCUGCAAAAGCUUUUUGCUUUGUUUUCAUGGCUUAAGGAGAAAGAGAAUGCAACAAUUGGGAAAAUAGUAAAUAUUAUCAAGGAUAAAACUCAAAAUACUCCUUUGGUGCCUAUCAAUGAAGUUAUUUUACAGUACUCGGUGGAUCAUUUUUCAACUUUUCAAGAGGCACAUACCUUAUAUCAAAUCAUCAUGAUAUCUGUGGUAGCAGCAACUAGUCAAAAUGGAAUUAUGAAAGGAUUCAGUUCGAUUAUAAAAAAUCUGAAUGCUAUAGAAAAUGUUUAUCUUCCAAGUAUGCCAGAACAUUUUCUAUUUGCACUCCCUGGUGAUUAUAGAUUAGAUGCUAAUAGACGAAAUACAAUGUAUGUUUGUGCCUGUGGAUAUCUUUAUAGCAUUGGUGACUGCACACAACCCAAUCAACGCAGAGAAUGUCCUGAGUGUAAAAGGAGUAUUGGAGGUGUGAAUAGCAUACUGGAGCCUGGGAAUCAAAAAAUGAAUUUAACUGAAGAAAGUCAAGCUGGUUACAAGAUUGAUUCUGGUACACAUGCAAUGUCACUUGCAGCGGACAGGUUAUCACAUCAAGGUGCAGCAGUUGUUCAAUUCAUUCUCCACGCAUGCAUGUUGGCUGGAUUAACUGAAAAUUGUCAACCCAUUUUCAGAAUGAUCAGUGUCAAGAAUAAGACAGAAGCUAAAAAAUUCAUCAUUGAAAAGCUUCAUAAAAACUUACAAGAUUUAUCCAAAGCUUUGUCAAGAAAUGUUGAUGAUUGUGUGCUAAUUCUAAUGAGGAUUUUACUAAGAAUCAUCAAUAAGGGUGCAGUUGCGUACUCUCAAAACUGGUCAACAAUUGAAAGUCGUCGUGAAUGGGAAAAAGUAUUUCAAAAUGAAUAUCUGUUGCCUGUGUUUCAAGAUAUUGAUACACAAAUACAAGAUGCAAAACAAUUAAUGAAACAAGCUGAAGAUGAUGAAAGAGAACCACUGAACAGACUCUUGAAUGAUGUUAACUCUGAUGAUGAAAUUGAAAAACGCUUUGAUUGGAAACAUUGUUUCUUCUGGAAUUAUUUUAGUCAACCAACCCCUGAACACCUAUUACAAGUUUUGUCUGACAAGACUGAAAAGGGUCAUGGUGAAGUUUUGAAAUUGAUUCUUCAAACACCAGAUAUUUAUCUACUUAUGCAUUUGGAAGAUAUUCUGAAAUUACAACAUGUUAUGAUUGAGAGGUAUAAAUACAAUAUCGAUAUGCAAGAAGCAGACCAAAGAACCUUUGAAGAUCAUGUACAUCAAGAUGGAUUUGAUGAUGAACCCUCAAUUGAAAAAUAUAUUAUUGCAUGGAAUUCUAUCUGCCCUCAAUUACAGGAUUUUGCUCCAAGCUUGUUGAAAAACUACUUUGUACCAAUUACAAAACAGAGCUCUUUAUCUGUCGCUCUUCCUAGUAUCCGUGGUCGUGGACAAUGUGCAAAAUUACUUGCUGAAUAUUUAAUUGAGAUUCAGAAUUCAUUUCUUUCAAACUGUCACAGAGCUAUGCGAUUAGCUGAGAGAAAUGAAUAUGCUGAUGUUCUGCAACUUGUUUCAAAUGAUUUUAUUUGCACCAAGAAACAAGAUCUCUUACUUUUAAUUAAUGAGCAUACCAAAUAUGAUAUUUUGACGAAUGAACAAGAAAAACAACAUUUGAUGUCUUACAAUAUUGAUGCUUUAGAAAAACAGGUUCAAGAAGAAUUCGUUCGCAGCAAGAAGCUAAUUGAUAAGAAGACAUUACCUUGUAUGAGUUAUCCUCAGGAUGUUGGAAUUGGUGUUGAUUGGGGUAGAGUUGUAGCAACUACAAAUCAGAUACCAUUGACAGCUAAGCUAUCUCAAGAUAUUGACAGAUUAGUUUCAAAAUGUCAUUCUUCUGAGAUAUGUGAAGUGGUUAGAACUUUAACAAACGCUAUCACCUUUUUGUCUAAGGUGAAAAUAAGAUCUGAAAGACCGCUCUGUGAUUUUCUUGAGAAAGAUCUGAAAAUGAUGUCAGCUCAGACUUCUAUGAUACCGAGAUCCACCAAUACCUGCCAUGUUCUUUCUUUGUAUCAAAGGUUAACAUGGCACAAAUCGGUAAUGUUCUCUCAUCGAGGACUUGAUCCAUACAAAGAAACUUUGUUUACUGUCAAUCAAGAAGAGAUUCCCGAUUAUAUCAGAGAAAAAGUUGAAGAUACUUUUAAACAAAUGGAUGUUGUCAUGCUACAACAAAGAAUCAACGAAAUGUUGAUCAACUUUCCAGAAAGUAAUGCUGACUGGAGCUUGGUUGAAGAUUUGUUUCCAAAUAUCCAGUUUAUUGAUGGAAAUGAAGACGAUAGUUGGUAUUCGAAAUUGCCAGAGGAAUUAUGCUGUAAACACAUUUCUGAUUUAUUUUCAUUGAGUGUGAAAUUUUUGUUGAGAAAUUGAACGAACAUUGAUGUUGGUAUGUAGUGAAAUUAAUCUUUCAAUAUACAGUCUGAUUAUACAGUAAUAUAUAAUUUGGCAUGUACUAGCCAUGGAAGUGUGGUAUUGUGAUUUAUUUUGUGUUUCCUGAUUGUAGAACCUGCAGUAGAAAUCGUGUUAAUGCUUAUUUAGUUGUGCCCUAGAUUCUGCCUUAUAUAUUAUCAGAAGAUAACAAAACAGUAUAAUAUUCAUUUAAUACUAUUUAGGUAACCAUUUAAGUAAUUGUCAGGCUGCUCAUACAGAGCCUUGUUCGGUAUGAAAACGCCUCAUUAAAAUUUAACUUUCUUGUUAUCUAAAGAUGAAUAUGU